UUGUUUUUUUGUAAGAACAUGAAUAAUUCCAGUCACGAUACAUACAAACUUCUUAUUAAUAAAAUUCCAAUAUUUUGGAUUAAUUCAAGAUUCUAUACUCAGUGGUUAUCGUUGUCAGUCCAAUUAAAAAUAGUAUGGUUUUCUCUUAAAUGUUUUACUAAAACUAACUAAAAAAGUUAUAUUUACCUAUUAGUUAUCGUAUGGACCAAAACGUCAUUAUUGUUAAUUUUGGGGUUUUGUGAAAAAGAAAGGAAUGCUUGUUACCUACUCUUUAUUAACUUCUCUGCCUAUCUCUCAAUCUCUCUCUUCUCUACAACAGUCUCUUCGAGCAAAACUGGGACAAAUAAAACUUAAAAAGUCUUCUUAAGGUUUCUUUUUGUUCUCUUCUUGCUACUUUGGAAAAUGCAGAAGCACAAAUGCAAGCUCUGUUCCAAGAGUUUCUGUAAUGGCAGAGCACUUGGUGGUCACAUGAAGUCCCACUUGGUCUCAUCACACACGCCCACUCGGAAGAAACUCGGUGACUCGGUUUACUCCUCUUCUUCUUCCUCCUCAGACUGUAAAACUCUGGUCUACGGGCUGCGAGAGAACCCGAGGAAGAGUCUCCGGGUCUUCAACCCGGAUCCUGAGUCUUCCACCAUUUACAACAGCGAGACCGAGACAGAACAUGAGUCUGUGGCCCCGGUUCGGAAACGUAGCAGAGCAGAGGUUUCCAAGAAGAAGAAGACGAAGAAAAGGAGUAAGAAGAGAGUGUUCGAGUCGGGGAAGAAGCAGAAGACGAGUCAUGUUAACUCGAACGAGUCUCAAGAACCGGCGAGUUCUGUCUCCGAAGGUUCUCCGGAACAGGAUUUGGCCAUGUGUUUGAUGAUGCUAUCGAGAGAUACGAGGGAGAUUGAACUGAAGAAACAUGUUCUUGCAGCGGAAGAAACGAAGCCGGAGAAGAUACCUUUCCCAGAGCUCCGUCGUUGUGUGAUAGAUCUGAAUCUUCCUCCGCCGCAAGAAAGCGACAUUGUCACCGUAGUUUCAGCCAUAUAAUAACAGUUGGAGGUUUCAGAGAUUACUGGAUAUCAAAGCAUCUUCUUGAUUUGGUUUUCUUCAACAUCGUUUAUUCUUUUAAAGUUAGAAAACGUUUAGUGGUUUUGGAAUCUUUGGACGAUCUUUUUCAAGCAAUGUACUUUUGAUGUAAGACACAACUGAAAACCCAAGAAACAAGUUCUGUUUCUUGAUUUCUCCUUCAGGGUUAUGGAUGAUAAUAAUUGUUUGUUGGAUCUUUGUUAUGACUUUGUGAUAUUUUGAAAUUCUUGAGAUGAUUC